AUGUCCAAGCCCGCCCCUGCCCCUGCCGCCGCCGCCGCCGCCGCCACUGCCGCCCCGCAUCUCCGCCAGCGCCAGCGCAAGAACCUGCCGGACUACGACCCCGACUCCGAUCUCAGCGAAUCGGAGGGCUUGGGCGGCCUCCGGCCACAGUCUGGCAACACCUGGGAAGACGACGAGGAAACUGCGGUCGAUGACGACAGCUACGUCCAACGCACCUUGCGCAAGGAAAAACCACUCCCGCCCAUCACCUGGCACAACUUCUAUCGAGAGAUCAAUGUGAUCUCCACCUUGGCCCUGACCGUCGUCCCCGUCCUGGCCAUCUACGGCGCCUUCACCACGCCCCUCUGCCGGGCAACCUUGGCCUGGUCGAUCAUCUACUACUACUUCACCGGGCUCGGCAUCACUGCGGGCUACCAUCGUCUGUGGGCCCAUCGAUCCUACAACGCCUCUCUUCCGCUCCAAUACUUCCUCGCCCUCGGAGGCUCAGGCGCCGUCGAGGGGAGCAUUCGCUGGUGGGCCCGUGGCCAUCGUGCCCAUCAUCGCUACACCGACACCGAUCUAGACCCGUACUCGGCCCACAAAGGUCUCUUGUGGAGCCAUGUGGGCUGGAUGGUCGUCAAGCCUCGAAGGAAGCCCGGCGUCGCCGACGUCUCCGAUCUGUCUCGCAACCAAGUCGUCCGAUGGCAGCAUCGUUGGUACCUUCCCCUCAUCUUCGGCAUGGGCUUCUUCUUCCCCACUCUCGUCGCCGGUCUCGGCUGGGGCGACUGGCGAGGCGGGUUCUUCUACGCUGGGGCCGCUCGCUUGUUAUUCGUUCACCAUUCCACCUUCUGUGUCAACUCUCUUGCCCACUGGCUCGGAGACGCCCCCUUUGACGACAAGCACACUCCCAGGGACCACAUCGUCACUGCCUUUGUCACGAUCGGUGAAGGGUACCACAACUUCCACCACGAAUUCCCGCAGGACUUCCGGAACGCGAUCCGUUGGUACCAAUACGACCCCACCAAAUGGUUCAUCGCCCUAUCAGCAAUGCUAGGACUAGCCUCGGAGCUGAAGACGUUCCCGGACAACGAGGUGCGCAAGGGGCAGUACAGCAUGAAGCUCAAGGAGCUCCAGCAGGACUUCCGCGACGUCAAGUGGCCCAAGUCCUCCAACGACCUCCCCAUCCUCACCUGGGAGCAGUUCGUCGAAGAGGCCGAUAAGAAGAACGGCAAGGACCUCAUCGUCGUCGGCGGGUUCAUCCACGACGUCUCCCAGUUCAUCGACGAACAUCCCGGUGGCCGCGCGCUCAUCAAGACCCGGCUCGGCAAAGACGCCACCACGGCCUUCCACGGCGGCGUAUAUGACCAUUCCAACGCGGCACACAAUCUGUUGGCCAUGCUCCGCGUGGGCGUGAUCGAGGGGGGCUACGAGGUCGAACACCUGAAGAAAAAAGUGGGCGUGUUCCGCAAGGAACAGCAGAUCCCGAUUUGUGGCCCCAAGACUCUCGGCACCAUCUCGGCCCCCGAGAGUCCCGCCCUGAACGUCAAGCCUAUCUACACUUGA